AUGGCAAGGCAGCCUGAUUCUAAGAAGAACAAGGAAAAGAAUGAAAGCAUUAAGACAGUACCCUUCUACAAGCUUUUCUCAUUUGCUGACUCUUGGGAUCAUCUUCUCAUGUUUGUUGGGACAAUAAGUGCUCUUGGGACUGGAAUGUCAAAGAUUUUAAUGUAUAUAAUUUUGGGAGAUGCAAUUGAUGCUUUUAGAGGAGAUGUUAACACUAAACAAAUUGUUCAUGAAAUUUCCAAGGUGUCUUUGAAGUUUGCAGUCAUAGGAGCAGGUGCCUUUCUUGCAGCUUUUCUGCAGGUGGCUUGUUGGGUGGCCACUGGGGAGAGACAAGCUUCAAGAAUAAGAGGCUUAUAUCUCAAAGCAAUUUUGAGGCAAGAUAUCAGCUUCUUUGACAAGGUAACAGAUAGUGGUGAGGUUGUUGAAAGGAUGUCAGGGGACACAGUUCUUAUUCAAGAAUCCAUGGGAGAGAAGGUAGGAAAAUGCAUACAGCAAGUAGCAUGUUUUUUAGGAGGUAUAGUCAUAGCAUUUGAAAAGGGUUGGCUUCUAACCCUUGUACUUCUAUCUUCUGUUCCGCCACUUGUCCUCACUGGUUCCAUAACGAGCUUUGUUUUUACAAAGUUGGCAUACCGUGCACAAGCAGCUUAUUCUGAAUCAGCAACUGUAGUGAAGCAGACAAUUGGUUCAAUUCGAACUGUUGCAUCAUUUACUGGUGAGAAUCAAGCUAUAGCUCAAUACAAUCAAUCCUUGACCAAAGCUUACAGGACUGCAUUGCAAGAUGGAGUGGCUGCUGGUUUAGGCCUUGGUUUAAUUCGGUUAUUUGUUAACAGUAGUUAUGCAUUGGCUAUGUGGUUUGGAGGGAAGAUGGUACUUGAGAAAGGUUACACAGGAGGCCAAGUCAUGGGUGUAUUUUUUGCAGUAUUCAUUGGUUCCAUGUCUUUGGGGCAUGCAUCUGGAUGUUUAACCGCAUUUGCUGCAGGACAGGCUGCAGCCUUUAAAAUGUUUGAAACAAUAGAGAGGCAACCAGAUAUUGAUGCAUAUGAAACUGCUGGUCGACAACUAGAUGAUAUUUCUGGAGAUAUAGAAUUUAGAGAGGUUUUUUUCAGUUAUCCUUCAAGACCAGAAGAAUUGAUAUUGAAUGGAUUUUCUAUUUCAAUAUCAAGUGGCACUACUGCAGCUUUGGUUGGGAAAAGUGGGAGUGGGAAAUCUACAGUUAUCAGCUUGAUAGAGAGAUUUUAUGAUACCCAAGCUGGUGAAGUUCUCAUUGAUGGUAUCAACCUUAUAGACUUCCAAUUGAAAUGGAUCAGACAGAAAAUAGGCCUUGUCAGCCAGGAACCAGUUCUCUUUAAUUGCAGCGUUAAAGAAAAUAUUGCUUAUGGUAAGGAUGAGGCAACAGAUGAAGAAAUCAGAGCUGCAUCUGAACUUGCUAAUGCAGCUAUAUUCAUAGAUAAAUUUCCACAUGGACUUGACACGAUUGUUGGGGAGCAUGGUACUCAGCUUUCUGGGGGUCAAAAACAAAGAAUUGCCAUAGCAAGAGCAAUUCUAAAAGAUCCAAGAAUUCUACUCCUUGAUGAAGCUACAAGUGCACUUGAUGCUGAGUCUGAGAGGGUGGUGCAAGAGACACUAGACAAAAUUAUGAUAAACAGAACAACCGUCAUUGUAGCUCACCGCCUAAACACAAUCAUGAAUGCUGAUAUCAUUGCCGUUAUUCAUCAAGGAAAAGUAGUAGAAAAUGGUACACAUUCUGAGCUCAUUAAAGAUCCUGAUGGAGCUUAUAGCCAGCUCAUUAGAUUGCAAGAAACUACCAAGGAGUCAUAUGGUACAAAUGACACGGCAAGGCUAGAAAGCGCUGUAGAUUCUGAACGCCAAUCAAGCCAACAAUUUUCUUUUCUUGAAUCUUUAAGCCAGGUAUCAUCUGAAAUCGGAAACAACAGUCAUCACUCACGCAGAAAAUCAAAUGCUAGGCCUACUACAGUUGGACUUUUGAAAACAUUUGAAGGAGGGUCUGAAGUUCUUCCUCCAGCAGUAUCACAAUCACCUCCUCCAAAAGUCUCAUUCCUUCGCCUUGCUGGUCUUAACAAGCCUGAAAUCCCAGUGUUAGUCCUAGGGACUCUAGCAGCUUCAGUCACUGGGGCAAUACUACCCAUUUUGGGUCUUCUUGUCUCUGGCAUGAUAAAUACUCUCUUUGAGCCUGCAGAUGAACUCCGUAAAGACUCAAAGUUUUGGGCAUUAAUAUUUGUUGCCCUUAGUGCAGCUGGCUUCAUAUUUCAUCCAUUAAGGUCCUACUUUUUUGCUUUAGCUGGUUCAAAGUUGAUAAGAAGGAUCCGGCUAAUGUGUUUUGAGAAAAUAAUUCACAUGGAAGUAGGCUGGUUUGACAAAGCUGAGCAUUCAAGUGGAGCACUUGGAGCAAGGCUGUCAACUGAUGCAUCUUCUAUUAGGACUUUGGUCGGGGAUGCACUUGGUUUGUUGGUUCAAGACAUUGCCACAGCAAUAACAGCCUUGGUAAUUGCCUUUGAGGCAAACUGGCAGCUUUCUCUCGUAAUUCUUGUUUUGCUACCUCUACUAUUAUUAAAUGGAUAUGCGCAACUCAGGUCUAUGAAAGGAUUCAGCACAGAUGCAAAGAAACUAUAUGAGGAAGCAAGUCAAAUAGCAAAUGACGCAGUAGAGAAUAUCAGAACAGUCGCAGCUUUCUGUGCUGAGGAAAAGGUGAUAGAGCUAUACCAGAAGAAAUGUGUAGGACCAACCCAGGCAGGUAUAAGGCAAGGGUUAGUCAGCGGAACAGAUUUUGGGAUAUCGCUCUUUUUUGUGUUCUCUGUAUAUGCAUGCAGUUUAUAUGCUGGAGCACGUCUAGUUGAGAAUGGAAAAACAUCAACCUCAGAUGUUUUCCGUGUAUUCUUUGCUCUCACAAUGGCAGCUAUAGCAAUAUCUCAAUCUGCCUUCAUGGGCCCAGGUGCGAGUAAAGCAAAAAGUUGUGUUAGUUCUAUAUUUGCUAUUCUUCACCAGAAAUCAAGAAUAGACCCCAGUGACGAGUCCGGGGUCGUAUUGCAAGAUGCGAAGGGAGAUAUUGAGUUUCACCAUGUCACUUUCAAGUAUCCAACCAGGCCUAAUGUUCAUAUAUUCAAAGCUCUUUCCUUGACCAUUCACGCAGGAGAGACAGUUGCUCUAGUAGGUGAAAGUGGAAGCGGAAAGUCAACAGUGAUCUCAUUGUUGCAAAGAUUUUAUGAUCCAGAUUCAGGUGAGAUUACACUGGAUGGAACAGAAAUCCAAAAGCUACAACUUAAGUGGUUUAGGCAGCAAAUGGGGCUUGUAAACCAAGAGCCUAUGUUGUUUAAUGACACCAUCCGAGCCAAUAUUGCAUAUGGAAAAGGUGGAAAUGCAACUGAGGCUGAAAUUAUAGCUGCAGCAGAAUUGGCUAAUGCUCACGGGUUUAUUAGCAGUUUGCAGCAGGGUUACGAUACAGUCGUAGGGGAGAGAGGGAUUCAACUAUCUGGAGGGCAGAAGCAGAGGGUGGCAAUUGCAAGAGCCAUAGUGAAGAGUCCAAAAAUAUUACUGCUAGAUGAAGCCACAAGUGCACUUGAUGCUGAGUCUGAAAGAGUGGUUCAGGAUGCACUUGACCAUGUGAGGGUGGACAGAACCACCAUUGUGGUGGCACACAGGUUAUCCACCAUAAGAGAUGCAGAUUCAAUUGCAGUGAUUCAAAAUGGAGUCAUUGCAGAGAAAGGAAAGCAUGACACUUUGCUAAAUAAAGGGGGUACAUAUGCUUCCUUGGUAGCACUGCACACGACUGCUGCUUCAUCUUAG